GGGCUAGGUAGGUGAAGGGGACGUGGGUACGAGGGAUCGGGACAUUGCAGUGGGGGCGCGCAUCAAGAAAUCAUGUGCUUUUCGUCGGGGCGUCCUGGUUUUUUUUGGCUCCGCGAGCUGCGCGGUAACUUCCCGCAGCCGUUGAAGAAACUGCUGCGUUCAGGGUGCUGUGGGCUUCCCCUCAGGUGCACCUCGCGCGCGGGUUUUCAUGGUUGGGUUUCUUGCGAGGGUUUCUUGCGGCCGCGCCCGCAUUGUUUGGGGAGGGGAUUGGCGGGUCGGUCGCCGGCACGAGGAGGAAUCGGGCGGGCGCCUCUGUUUUGCCGCCCUCGCCGUGCACUACACGGGCACGCUGAAGGAAGGGGGCGCCAAGUUCGACUCCUCUGUGGACAAGGGUAGGCCCUUCGUCUUCAAGAUCGGCAUAGGAGCGGUGAUCAAGGGCUGGGACGAGGGCGUCAUGGAGAUGUCCCUCGGGGAAAAGGCCACGCUGGACAUUUGCUCCGAGUACGCCUACGGCAGCAGGGGCGCCGGUGGCGUGAUACCUCCAAACGCCGCGCUCGUCUUCGAGGUCGAGGUGCUGGCCAUCAACGGGCAGAAGUCCGAGUCGUGGGCCGCCAGGAGC